CAUUAAACUCUAAUAGUAUGGUUUAAAGUAACUUCUUUUUUGGUUGUUUUGAUCACUUAUUUAUGAAUCACACUUUGGCGCGUGUUUUGAUCCAAGUUGCCUGGUGACGAAAACAGAUCCAACAUGUCCGCCACACCGCCAUGCACGAAAGGAAACCCUUAAAAUUAUGAUCUCGCUUAACCCUUCUGUAAUUGACAUGAAUUUCUUAAUCUCAAAGAAAUUUCAGCGCUGUUGACCGACAUUAAAGCUUCUUAUGACGGAGAUUGAGGAAACUCCAAAGAAAAUACGUGUUUUAUCUAGAAGAUGAUUCUUUAUUUAUUACUGUAAUUUUGUUGUGGACCUCAAAACAAGGAAAUCAAAUGAUGGCUGCCAGUGUUUCUUUUACCAGUGGUUUGAAUGUUACUUCACAAGCAUUUCUUGCACCAGGGUCCUUAGUUCAAGGAGGUGACUCUUUUAGAUAUGUGAUGUCCCUCACAUAUUCUGGAGCUUUAGGGAACUUCGCAUUCAAUUCGUCUCUUUGUAACAGUCUACCAACUCCAUCUCAACUUGUACAAGGGCUAGUCACAUUACCGCUUGCAUUAAGCCUGCUGUCUGUAACAACCAAGAAUCAGAACAUCACCUCAAAUAUAUCAAGCUGUAACUCGACUCCAGUACUAAAUAUAUCUACAGUGAUAUUGGGUGGCACAAGUUCAUUAUGUAGAAUUUCCAUUAAUGGGUCAAAUGUAGGAUGGACAACUAAACUUGAAUUUUUAGCCAGAGUCACAGAAAGGGUGGAAGUAGAAUCUAUUUUAAACAUUACUGGAGACUUGACAAUGAAUGGAGAGUCAAAAUCCAUAUUAAUUGCAUCAUACAAAGCUUAUUCAGUUGGCAACCCAUCCUUUGCCCCAAUCCAUCCCUCUUCAACUAAUAUUGCCGAGACACCUUCUACAAAGCUUACUUCAGGAGAAGUGUUAACAUUUCGUGUCAAUGUCCAGAUUCCGAGUGUGACCAUCAAUAUGGCAUUGUAUGUGUCAAUACCUUCAUUAACUCAUAGCCCAUUAGGCUUUGCCCAAGCACAAGUGUAUUCUAUACCAUUUGGUAUGACAAUUCAGAACUUGAGAUCUGGCUCUCCUAGUACAUUUCCACAAAGCAAUGUAGCAGAGUUUGCAUUUGGAGAAACAGUAAACACAAUUCCUCUGGCAAACACUAGUGAUAUUGCUGUCUCAGUGUCUGUUAGAUUAACUAGUCUAUACGAACCAGUAAAGGAAGCAAAUAUAUCCUGUUGGCUAACUUACCAAACACCUUCUGGAACUAGAAGAUCUGAAAAUGUCAACUUGCUAAUACAGCUCACUCAGCCUCUUCUAGAAUUUUCUUUGGAUGUCUUGAAUAAGAAGCCAUCAUACCAAGGUGGUGACAUUUUGGUUCUUGAGACAAAGGUGAAAAAUCCUGGCCACGCAACAAUGGCGGCUUCUAAUGUGACUAUUACUGCAAGUGUUCCCUCUGUUUAUGUGGAUAUCAAGAACUCAUCAUAUUAUCUGUGUAAUCCAGAGUGUGUGUUGAUCAACAAUGCAUUUCAGCUAAAUGUGUCAGUAAGCAGUCUCAAUGCAAGCUGUGAGAUUUUAGCAAGGUUAACCUUGCAGUACAAGACAAUCGUGGUCCCUGGAAGUUACCUUCCCAACACCAUACAACUUAAGUACUACCAUACAGACUGGCAACCUGUUAAAAGAUCACUAGAAGCCCCAAUAUACAUCAAACCUCUGCUCUUUAUUGGCCCUGUGGUCAGCAACACAUCUGUGGCAAGCCCAAGUGAUAACACUGUGGUAACCCCAAGUGAGAAGAUCACGUUCACUGGUCGAGUAGAGAUACCUGUGUCAACAAGCCACAGCUUCUUGCUAGUGAUUAGAUCUAAUGUACUGGAUGUCAUCAGCGCUUCAAUACUGUCUGUAGGGGCAGAUAUAGAGACCGAUAAUGCUACAAGGCUUCAGCCAGGGUUAGAAUUGAAUAUAACAUCUGAUAACAUUCCUGGCUUACUAUUAACCCCAACCAAGCUCUGUGGUUAUGGCAGAUUUAGAAAUGUGAAAAACACAGGCCAGACCGGCAUCCCUGGAAAUAAUCAGUUUGUAUUCAAGGCGACAGUACGUGCUAGCAAUGCGUCAGCUUUGGAGGGUGUCAUUAAUGCUGUCGGCAUUACAGAGGUGUUUGUUAAUAAUGACCCAAAUUCCCAGAGAGGAGACUUCUCUUUCCAGGUUGUGCGACCUGAACUAUCCCUUACUGGUGAAGCAUCACCUAGCCUUCGUGUUGAAGCGAACCAAGAUGUGGAAUUCACUUUUAUCUUGCAACACACCCCUGUGUCCAAAGCACACGCCUACAGGGUGCUUGUCGAGCUUGCAGUACCAAAUCAAUACCUCACCCUGGACCCUGCAUCAGUGAGUCCAGGAAGUGUACAAGUAGUGAAUGGUGACCAAGCAAAAAGUGGGGAUUCCAGGUACAACUCAGCGCAGACUAAAGUCCUGGUCUAUGAGAAGGAUGAGUUCCUCCAUGAUGCGUCACCAUUAGUGAUUCGUUACAAGGCUAGGACCACUUCAGGGAUCCCGUCAAGCAUAUAUGUUGCUUCGCCAUCGUACUUGUCCUACACGGUCCUGCCUGCCCACAUGGCCCCACUCACUGGUGGGACUUAUGUGCUUCGAGAGGAUAAGGCUUCGUUUUUGACCAUCAGACCAGAACGUUACGUGGAAUUCAUCAACACUCCCGACACCAGCCUCCUUGACGCUGGUGACCGAGUUGAGUACAACAUUACCGUCACCAACACUGGUAGCCAAGGUAGCUCGUAUACGGCUUAUAACUUUGAGGUGACCUUCCAAUUUGACCGGCUGAUCGGACCAUUGCUGACAUGUAGUCGUGGCACCGUUAUGCCAUCUGGUAGCAGUGUGGUCUUGCAGAUUGGGGACCUACUGGAUAAGGAGAGUUUUGGGUGCAAUAUUACAGGGUUUGUAGAUGACCAGGUGGUACCCAAGGAGGACAUAAGCCCUGUUAUCAACUACAGGUACUUCAGCAGGCCAUCAUCAUCUCCUCCACCAGGGGUAGCUGCCUAUGCCUUUGCAAGCCACGCCUCUGUGCUUGUGACCCCUAUCAGUGCCAACAUCACCGGGUCCGAAAACAUCAACACUUUGAUGGCUGGAGAAACCUUUGGACUCUCCAUUCAUCUGGCCAUCCCAGAGUGCUCCACAUCCCUCAGGGUUCGCAUCACCACGCCUGUCAUCGAUUUCAAUGGAACUCGCUUUGACAGGCAGAGGCAAGAUGUGGAGGUGUCAGGGCCUGUAGCCAGACAUCUACGUGCUCGCCGAAGUUCAUCCAAGCUCAUUUACGUCUUAGAGCCACUUUUGAACGGAAGCGCCAUCACUCUCGACGUCAACAACACCAUGACCAUCACCAACCCCUCUCCGAACAUCACACGCAUUGACACUAACACUUUAGAGGUCGACUUCGGCUCUGUGCAGCAUGCAGCUACUGCAAGCCCCUCGACACAGGGGCUGACGGUGUAUUUGAGGUUCCAGACUGCUGGUCGACCUAUGGAAUUGAGUGGCCGUCGGAUGCCAGUCACAGUACACAUCUUGCUCAAUGGGACAAGUCAGACAGCAGCCGGAUAUUUCACCAUCGUUGGCCCUUUGUUCAAGCCCUUGUUAUCUGUCAAGAAGACUGUACAGCCAGUAGAUGUGGAUCGUGACUCUCCGUUACUUAUGUAUAACGUGACUGUAACGCAUGCGCCCGGGUCACGCUAUGACGCUUAUGACGUAGAUGUCCGUGACAUGACAAAGAAUAUGGAGCUGGUGCGUGCGUCUGUGCGACCGGUCAGCGGCGUGAUGGUGACGUACCCUGAGACAUACACUUACUACGUCACACUGACAGUGCCGAGACUAGCAAUUGGAGAGUCGGUGAUGCUGCAGUACCAGGCCAGUUUCUUGAUCAAACAAAAGAGUUUAAAAGAGUUGAAUUUGCCAGCGACUGUUUUUUGGAAAAGCAUUCAGCUUAACAGCCCGCGCUAUGCUUUGAACAGUAAUCUCACGGCCUGUGUCGCACGUGUGGACGCAUCUCGAUUUAAGACCAGCGAGAUAACAGGCUACUUCGCGCUCGGAAUCCUCCUCGGCCUCGUGAUUGGUUUAGUGGUUGCCAUGGUGAUCAUCUACCUCAUCGUUAAGUGUUGUGAUAAGGGCCGCAUUGCACCCUGGUAUACGCGUUUCACCAAGAAGAAGAGCAUGACGGUUCUUACGGGAGGUUCACAGUACAUAUUUCAUGGAGGAGGGGACGGGGAUGGCCUUGAGACAAAGCUUGUGGCCAGACAUAACGAAACAAGUAUUAUUAAUAUGGAUGAAAGCAUAAUACCCAUCUUGAGCCUGGAUAAUUCCACACAGACGGAGAAAGAACUCGACAGUUUGGACGUACAAGCGACCGUAACGAUGGAUGCUGACCUGGAGGUGCAGCGUCAAAACAUGUUGCUACAGGUCAUGGGCCUACUCGCCAAAAAGCUGCGUGUUAAACGAGACAUCUCUACAUCUCAGGAGAAGAAUUUUAUAGCGAAAUUGAAAAGUGAGAUAGCUGGUGUCUCCCAACGCCUGGGAGCAGAUUUUAAGCGCCGAUCCGCUGAAGUUCGACGUAAAAUACAGAGAAUGUUAAAGGCUGCCCAUGCUGACAUGGUAAGGCGCCAAGCCAAAGAGAUCAAGGAAACGGAAGCCAAAAUCAAAGGUCUCGUGAGCCAGCGUGAAAGGCGCGAUAUCAUUGAUGUGCUGCGUAGACGCCAUGCUAAAGAAGAAGAGGACCUGAGGAAGAAGUUCAAGCUGGAGGAGGAUGUUGAAAUGGAAAGGCUCCGAAAGGAAGUUGCAGUUAACAAAAGAUUUACAAUGAAAGAAGCUCAAAGCAAACUUCUGCAGGACUUAAUCAAAGAGGCGGAAUUCAACGAGGAUCAAGCGAGCGCGCUAGUUAAAGAGCAUUUGGGCAAUAUGGCUGCUGUGGAUAAGGCGAUGGACGAGGAGAAGUCAAGAAGAGUCGUGGCUCUUGAAAUGAGGCUUGCAGAGAGAAGGGCUCUUGCCAUACAAAAGCAUGAUGAGAGCGACUUCAACAAGCGGCUGGUGCAAUCACUGGAGGAGCAGCAUGAAAACACUAUGCAGAGUCUUGUGAGCUCAUCUAAGAUCAGUGAAGCUGAGGCGAACGCCUACAUCGAGCGCUAUAAAAAAGAGGUCGAUGCUUUGAAGGAAAAGACUGAGAAAGAGAAACGGAAGCAACAGGACACGCUUCACAAGAGACUGACCGCGUUGAAACAGAAGCGAAUAGACGACAAGAAUCGUGAGCAUCAAGAGGAGCUGCGUAAGCUCAACGAAGAACAAAACGAUAAAUACGAGCAAGUGGAAAUAGAUUGUAUAGUAGCUCUUAAUGAAAGAAGGAAAAUAUUAGAACGUCAGCGGCAGGAGCGAGAAGAGCUUGAACAAAAAGCCGACAGAGAGGCUGCGGAGGAGCUAGAAAAGUUUGAUGAGGUGUACUCUCACGAGAUCCAUGAACAAGCCAAGACCAGUUUGAAGAAAAUCUACCAAGAUAUGGCAGCUAAAGGACUUGAUGAAGCAGAGAAGAAUGCCAUUAUUGAUCGAUACAUGACCGAAGCUACACAGCAACAAGAGAAGAGAGAAGAGGAGAGACAAAAGAAUGCUGAUAGAGUUCAGAAGCGUUUAGGGAAGCUGCGUAGGAAACUUGAGGAAAAAGCUAUAUUAGAAAACGAGGAACAGACAAAGCUGCGCAAGAAAGAGGAGCAAAUAGUCACUGACCUUAUCGUGAACCAAGCAAACAUGUCAGAGCAAGAGAGAAACAAGAUCAUAGAGGAGCAUGAGAAACACUUGGCAGAGCUCGAGACAAGUAUGACCUUCAACAAGCUUCGACAGAGGCAGAUGCUCGAAGAGAGGCUUGCAGCACGGCGGAAGCGUAGGAUGGACGAGCUGGAAAGGGACCAGCAUGCAGAGGAGCAGACGAGAGAUGACAACGACAAAAUCCUGGAUGAGGGGGAAGACGUCGAAUUGCUCAAGAAGCACGAGCUUGAGAAAAUGUCAGUUACUCGUGAUGAGAGCGACAGUCUGGAAGAAGAGAUGGAGAUGGUGCGGGACGAGAUGCUGAGAGAGAGGACCAAACAGCUGGAAGAACACCAAGAGAACCUCAGCGCAACUAUCGCCAGACUGCAGAUAGAGAAGGCCAAACAGAUCGCUCAAAUGUCCAUGCAGCAGCAGUUGCUGGGUCAGUUGCAGACAAAUCUAGUCGACGAAAUGGAAGAGCAUGGCGCUUUUGAGGAUCCCGAGACUAAAAGCAUAGUGGACAAGUACAAAAAGGACACUAAAAAGAUGGAAGAGGCUCUUAAUAACCAGCGGACCAAGCAAGAGGAGGCUUUGCGGGAGAGACUUCAGAAGAAAAUGAAAGAACGAGAAGAAAAAUUCAUCAAUGCCCAAAAGGAUGUAGUUUCGCAGUAUACGGAUAAUAAUAAGACUGCCACGAGGUUCCGUCGAGCCGCCGCUAAAGCUCGUCAGCAGAAAGAGAUGCAGGAACUUCGCGAACGUAUGGAACGCGAGAUCGAGCAGUCUCUAAACGAGCUCAGGAUGGCUAAUGAAUUUGAGCGAAUGAAAGCUCUUGAAAAUCAGAAUAUAAAGUUCAUAUCUGGACUUGUAAAUAAAGGAAAAAUGAAGGAGGAAGAAAUCGAAUCCGUUCUCAAAUUCCUUUUCCCAUCAAAAUCAUCAGAGUACAUAGAAGAAAUGAUGGUAAAGAUAUUCCCGUCCCAUGUCAGAAGUAACUCGUCCUUCUCUAGAGGAGACAUUGGCGACUUUGAGAAAAGAGUUCGGCGAAACAGUGUACAGCCCAUACCAUACAUUACCAGCCUGAAAACUAGCAAAAAGAAAAAGAAGAGAGAAAGGAGGGCGGAAGAGGAGGACUGGAGAAUUAGACCCGAGGACCAAGAUGCCCCGCUACCGCAGGUUGUUGUACGUGGCGGUAAACUUCCCCGAGGUCGCGCGGACUCGCUGCCUCCUCUUGACCGCGGCGCACCUGCUCAUAGGGAAGACCGGGAACUAGACCAUGCAGACGAGUCGAGUGGUACAUCGUUACCAUUUUCUCGUCGCUCGCCUCAGGCUUUCUCACCCGUGAGUGACAGGGAGGACCAAAGACUACUGAACGAGAUGUUUGGUGAUUCGACAGAGGGCGAGGAUACGCGACCAGAGAGAAGGAAAAAGAAAAAGCGAAAAGAUAGAUAAGUGUAAAAAAAAAACUAUGGGCAGAGCUCAACAGAAGUGAAGUUCCUUAUGAAAUUGAGAACAUAAUUACAUAAUCUAAUUACUGUCAAUGUUUGCUGGUGGUAAAAGUUAAGUCAAAUCUUAUCAAAACUUCUAUAAAACCUAACCUUUCCCAAAAGCGAGAAUGUAACGGGAAAACAGGGGCUGGAGACCAUUUUUUUACGAUGGGGGGGGGGGGGGCUGAAAAAAAGAGUAGCGGGAACGGAGGGGGGUAUCACUUCCUUACCAUGAGGAUCUCAUAUCUCUUUUUACUAAUGUAACAAAGUCUCGUGUUUUUAUUAACAGAAUGGUUGUCAUUAGAAAUGUGGAUUUCCAAAGGAGUAGUAGACCAAUAGCGCAGCUUUGAACACUUGUCAAAUCCAAGGGGGUAUGUUAUAGUGCCGUUAUUUGCUGCCUUCCCUCUCAGCUAUCUGUUGCUACGCAUCAAGCUGCCAUAUCUGUCUGUUGCACUCUUUUUGCCACCUUGACCCAGUUGUUCUUUUCGACUCUUGAGCUUGUGCCAGGAUUGGAAGGAUCUAAGGGUCGGGAGUGAAAGCAUUUCUGAACUCUGCAACUAGACAAAAGUCCUUCUUCGUAAAGAUCCCAAAGUUUUGUUUUCGUCUUCCUUUCCUCUCAACAAACUCGGGAUCCCAAACUCGUUUGCUACAUCGAGCAGCCGUAACCUGUCUGUUCGGUCUUUGUGGCUGUGAAUAAGGAGGGCGAUUUUGUUGAAUCUGUGUUGUUGCAUACUUGAUCGCAGCCAGGACUUCACUCUUCUUGCCAUUGAGAACGUCCUCUCGCCAGUGGCGCUUGUAGCAUGAUUGACAAGAAGGAUUCUGCAGAUAAUAAGUAUACUUAAACACUUAUGAGAUGAAGGUCCGCAAAAUGCUUUGAAACCAGUAUCCAGAGUAUCCAGAAACGUACUUAUCCUCAGCUGAAAUUUACGCCAUAGAACACUAUUUAGAGUUUUCUUUCUCUUUUUUUUUUAUCAAAAAAACAAUGGCGAAAAAUUUUUAGAGGGGGAGGGGCUAUAGCCCCCCUCCCCGGUGCGCGGCCCCUGCAAAAUACUAUUUUUAUAAAAAGGGUAGCAUUAGCAGCAGCUAUUUAUUCUGAGUAGCUCAGUUUGAGUUUGAAUGCGGCAUAAUACCAUAUAUAGCUCGAUCUAUAUCGAUCAAGCAAGGAAGGCAGUAUUUAUUUUGUACCAAUUUUAUUGUAAAUAUGUGCAUUUCCUGUGAAAUAAUAAUUGCGAGUAAUAAAAAUAUAUUGUGCGUGAUAUA